UAGAAGACCUCCAAGGUCCCUUCCAGCUUCUCUUCUAUUCUAUUCGCUGAUGGGCACCUAUAGUAGGUUUUCAAGAUUCAUGCUUCCUAUCUCUAGGAAACAGCUUUGCAUUGCUAAGGAUGCUGAGAUAUUGGAAUUUUAAGUAGAAAAGAGCACAGGGUGCAGUUGCAAUUUUCCAAACAAAUGGAAAAUCCUGGAAGCAUCUGAUAAGAGGGAAGAGAUUAAGCUCAUAAAGAACCUGUCUGAAUUUAAUUAUGAAGCCAAUCAAAUUCAUCACAGAGAGAACUGCAAACAUGUACUUUAGACGUUCUAAACAUCACGCGUGAAAUCACUAUCCAGGUCUACUUCAACUACACUAUCCAGCUUUUUAACUUUGAAUAUUGGUGAGUAAAUUAUCCACAUUUCAAAAGGAGAAUAGUUCUUAUAUCUUAGUAAUAUCUACAUAACAGAUGUAGGUUGAGCUAGAGUUGGCCUACCAGCCCAAUCUAUUUACAGAGGGGACAAUUAACAUAGCUCAUCUGUGCAUAAUUAAUUCUCUCUUAAGACCUCGCCUUUGCUAGAAGUUCUGCAUCAGACCAGACUUCCCUGUUAAAUGUGGUUUUCUUGGCAAAAAUAAAAAAAAAACAACCACCUUUUCAAAAACCCAGAAGGACUAUCUCUGUAAAGUAAGUCAGCGGUAUAAUUUUUUAUAAAUGUUAAAGAUUAACAAGAAAGGCAACGAAGCGGAGGAACCUGAAGGAACAAGCAAAUGUUGCAUUAUGCACCAGUAAAAAAGAUGCUUGUAUAAAACUCAAUGUUUCGAUGCCGUAAGCGAUGACAAUAUGUCACUUCCGGUGCUCAGCAGAAUUGCUCCAUGGUUUGACUUUCUGCUCCCAACAAAGUUCUCAACUUAUGACUAGAAUUGAGCCUGGAAUUACAAUUGCAAGACGUGCUGGUUGUUAAGUAGGUCAUCACCUUCCACACCUGAUUUUAAGAUUUUUUUAUAUAUAUACGAUGGACGUUAAGUAAAUUCUGCAAUCAUUAAGUGACCACAUUGUUUGCAAUUUGGGGGUUUUUUUGCUGGAAACCAGAAAUAAAUGCUGGUUUCCAGAUUUUCUCCUUGGUAGUUUCUUCACGACAAUAUUGAUCUACGGCACUGAGCGUAUCAUGCAGAAAACAAUGCCCCAAUCAAGGAAUUACCGAGAUUAAAAAAAAUACACUCCCUGCCAAAACUGGCAGGGAAAGCCAGAGAGCAAACCCCACUCUCUUAUAGCACAGAUGAUGUUGCCUAGUUUGGUAAUGAAAUGUCUGCAAGGAAACAUUAUCAAGCUCAGAGAUAGCCAAGGACUCCACCGUUUAAGGUUGAGCUACCUAUAUUCUUGUUCCUUAGAAAAUUGACUCUUGUGGACAAUCUAGAGUUUUAUACUCUAACAAUUAUACAAUAACAAUUAUUCAAUAGGUUAUUGAAUAAACUCUAAAUUUAUUCAAAAGUCUUGCUUUGCUGGAAAAAAAGGUAUCAACAAAUCCUUCCCUUCCUGUCCGGAGCAAGACCCACUGCAUGAAGAGAAGUCUUUUUCCAUAACACAGGAUAUCAUCAUUGGUUUUAAACUGCAGACUGGCUAACCUUGUAUAUUAAAUCUUUUUCUCCUUCUUUCUUAGAUAGGCCACUUUUUAUUUUUUUUAAAAAAAACAUGUUUACCAUCUUUCAGCCAAGAUGAAAAUCUAAAUUUUCUUGAAUGGGAAGGGAUAAAAAUGAAGCCACAGGGAGAAAGAUGCUGCAAAAAAAAAAAAAAAAAAUGAAGCCACGGGGAGAAAGAGGAAAACCUAACGAAGUUACAGGUUGCUUCUCUCCUGGGAACAAGUAGCAUUAUUCAACCUGGACACAUCAUAAAGCCACACACCCUGCCUAUGUGGCCUCACAAAAGUCUUGGUUGGGAAACAUCCUGGAAUAAAAGAGUUUUAUCCCGCAGGUGUCACGGAACUUUUCACUGAAUUGUUUGGUAAACCUUCCCAAGCAAAACACCAUCUGCAAGGACUUGUUAAGCCCUCGUUUCGUCUCCAAGCUCAUUUUUGUUUGCCUCUGAGGCAACACAGCAACACAAAAACUGGAUGGAACUGGUUAGCGCCAGCCAAAAAACACUUCUCUGCACCUGGGCUGGAUUUCAAGAGAGGUCGGCUUCGUACAGCCUCGUAAACCAGAGAAGCAGCAAGCUGGUGUAUCUUAAGAGUAACCCAGCAACGAGAACACAAAGACACGUCUUGGGGUGCCCUAAAAGCCAAAGGCACAGGAUUUCACCUGAUGGGCCUUAUCAGAGAGAGCGAGAUGGAGGAAGACACACAGAGAGAGAGACUUUUAGGUAUCACCUUAUCUGAAGUGAAAUAUCAGAUCUGCUGUGUUAAGAAAGCUUCCCUUCUUCACCGCUGGAUGGAUGCCUCAACCACCCCAUGAUGGUCUUCAACAUCUACCUGGCUUUUCCUUUGCUGUCGGGGAAACAAGUUCUGACAGCCUUCUCCUUGCCCCUUCUCUUGACGUUCCUCACCUUCACUGGGAUCUCUCUUGUUACCAAGGAACCACAUCGCGCGUGUGAAGACGUACAGGUCCUUCAAGGAGUUCCAGGAAGAAGGGCCGUCACUGGAAAAGCACUGCCUGAUCCCCUAUCCCUGUUUGCCUGCCAAGGAAAAAUCAUGUACUAUGAGAUUACUCUGGGUAAUGAUUCAACUUUGUCAAAAUGGCUAGAAGGUAGUAUUUCCACAAAGACACACCAAGGGAUGCCAUUGAUGGAGAAGAGUGGAGACUUUCAUCUGAGCGUUGUGGCGUAUGGUGAGACAUGUAGAAUCCCAACCACCAAGGCUGAUUUUACACGCCUCGGUCAAGAUCGCCUUUGCGUCCAUGCAAAGAACAUUAUUUGUUCUGGAGGAUGGUAUGCCAGACGUAUUUCCAUCACCUUCGCUGAGAUCAUACUUCAAACAAACCAUACUCUGGAAAUUAAAGAACAACUGACUCUGAUUUGCACCGUGGCAGAAUAUCUUCAUCUGGACCCUUCCUCGCUCGCACUUAUUCCAGUCGAAGACUCACUAAAUAAAUAUUUUCAGAAUCUAACCACACUGGCUGAAGAUAUCAGAUACAUCAACUCCACGAAAAGCCGUUAUGUAGGACUCUGUUGGCCAGUAGGGUUUGGGGUGUUUGCUAUGCUGUCUGAACUGGUACGAGUUCUGAGCCAUAACGCUGAAUCAAACAAUCUCUCGCAGCUCCUGGGCUACGAAAUUGCUGGCUGGAGAGUCCUUCAACAAGAUUACGAAAAAAGAAAUCCCAACAAAUGGCAGAACGGGAAAAUGGCCACCCCAAAGCCUACAUGGAGACCCACCAAAGCUCAGAACUUCACAGUUUUAAUAGCUGCUACGCCAGAGACACAUUCCGUUGUAAAAUCUGAAGCAAGUUCAUCGCUGGGCAACAAGGCCACUAUCUCAGUUAUCCAUCCUUACGUGGAGAUCAGUACUCAGCCUGUAAUCAUCGAUACAGAUGUGGAGGCCAUUCAGACUAAAUCAGCAGCGUCUACCAUUUUUCACUCUCUCUCUUUUGAACUUUCACCUUCGUUGAUGCUAAGCUCUGCAGAAUUUGAGGAUAAAGUGAUUUUUGAAACCCCACCAAUAUCAGGGCAUGUACUGUAUGAUGCUUCAACACAAGAGCUUUUCCCCACAACUCAACAAUCUGAGCCAAAGGAUAAUUAUUAUUUGGGCUUGUUUAUGCCCGUGACCAAAAAUCAUUUCUCACACCCUGUUCACCACCUAAUGGACAUUUCACCAGAAGAUCUGUCUUCAAAAGGAGAAAUAAGAAGUCUAAAUGAUCACAGCCCAUUCACGCAUCGAACAGCAUCUGGAUUUAAAUCUGGAGAGAUCAUUUCUAUAAUAAAACUUUCUCUGCCUUCCAUGUCGACAUUAGCAUAUUUAAGGUCGUCGUCAUCAUCAUCAUCAUCAUCAUCUAGUGUUGCAGUAUCUUUGUUCUUGUUACAUGACAGCUAUCAGAAUCAAAAACUGCUUAAUGUCUACACUUCCGCCUCAGAGACGUUUAUGACAUUAGCACCGGUAAAGCAGAUGGAAGUUUUCAAAUGGAUCAAAAGCUUUAUCUUGACCAACAUCCCAUCAAUAUUUGAUGCUAUCAUUACAAAUGGUGAUUUUUACCCCGAACCUGGUUCUCCGUCCAAUGCAUGUCCACCAACUCAAUCGUAUUGCCACAAUGCUCCAACUUCAUCAAAACAUUCGACAGAUACCUUAAAUAACAGCACUUUGUUAUCCAGUCAAACUCUACUAACAUUUAGCAUCCUGUCUAACACUAUUAGCAACCCCAUAGUUUUUCCUUCUUUCUCCUUAUCCGUUCCAGUGGAAUUGGCAUUAUUAUUUGGACUUGGUAAUAUAUUACCAACGGAAAAAUUGCCUGACAGAAGACAAGUUACCUCAGACAGAACGAAAACCCAUGAAUCUUUUACAACUAUUUCAUUAACCUACAGAUUUAUUACUACAGGAAACAGUGUCUUAGAAUUUAUGGAAACUGAAAUGGACACUUCCCUGUGGAAAAAAGGAACAACUUUAUUUUAUAUUACAACACCCAGUGCUGUUAUCUUCCUUAGUCAAACAGAAAUGUCUCACAGAAAAAGUCAGGCACUGGAGUUGCUUUCUUACAGAUCUUCCUUGACUACUCACCCUCUAGAACUUGUUAAUACCUCCAGCUUUUAUUUUUCUACAGAUCAAUGUGACUCUGUGAACAACUUAGAUCUAACAUCCGUGUUAGAUCCUGAGGCCUUACAACUGGAUAUAAAUGAUUUAAGUUUAAAAAGCUUGUUUGGAACCAAAAUUAACGUCCAAAUUACAGGGGAUAUUGUCUCAAAAUUGAAAGAAUCAGCCAUUGUGUUCAACAACAAAGGAAUAUCCACAGAGACUGGACUUCAUACCACUAUGAACCACAAAAUAGAAGGUCAGCCAAACACACCUCCCAGGGUCAUUAAUGCCAUUAAGUGGAUCGCAGCAACCGUCGGACAUAGGUUCUCGUUUUCCAUACCACCAGAGACAUUUCAGGAUCAUGAAGACGGGAAUUCAACUCAACUGACCCUCGGAAUGAACCCCAUCGACGGCCCACCGACAGAUCUGGAAAGCUGGCUACAAUUUAAUGCCAGGGAUCAAAAUAUGCAUGGUUAUCCGCUGGAUGCUGAUUUUCAGUAUUCCCCUCAGCAGUUUUCGCUCUUCGCCAUAGAUUCGGGAGGACUGAAGGCCAAAGAUAAAUUCAUCAUAGAACUAUUCAGACCAACUGCUGUCCCUUGCCAUAGUUAUACGGUAGUAACAACAAACAGCUACCACUCAUUCCUGAAAAACAGAAGAAGAAUGAACUUCUUUUUAAAGAAACUUUCCAAAUAUUUGUUUGCAGAGAGUCCUGGGGAUAUGGUUCUACUUCAUCUCAAAACAGGGUCCGCCGUGUUUACGUGGUACAAUAAGUUGCUUUGCGCAAAGACGGACAAGUGCGCAAGAGACGAAAUCCAGGAUGUGCUAACGAAACUAGGAAGACCUGGGGAACACGUCGGUCCAGAUUUUGCCGAGGCCAUGUUGCCAGAAUUCAAAAUCGAACGAAUCGGAAAGGUGACCUAUGCUGGGAUUUGCUUACCUACUACAAAGCCAACACAUGAUUCUGCAGCGUUCAACAGGACGGCGACUGCAUUCAAAGGCGGCAACUGUUUGAUAACGAACACGUUCUCUGCCUUGUUGAUUGCUAUAUGCUCCACAACACUAGCGAUCCUGAUAGUUGUUCAUUAUCAGAAAUAUCACAAGAAAACAUUUCAACCACAGGGUCCGCCUUCCUGUGGCUAUAACGAUUUCAAGAUGGACCUGCGGAGUUCUCGUAAAUCUCUAGUGGAACGAGAAGCUCCGCCAUCAGCUCGGUUACCGUUAGCUGUAUCAAUGAUUUCUCAACAGCCUCCCUUCAGACCAAAUCAAGGUCUGGUUAUCUCAAGGCUGCCAUCACCUCCAAAAUACAGACUUCCGCCAUUGUACGGAAGAACUGAUAGGGAUCUGGUAUGACCCGACUCGCUUGUUCCAGUGCGAGUCUGUUUUUAUUUAUUUAUUAAAUUUAUAUGCUGCUCUAUCUCGUUCUCCAAAGGGAGUCUGUGUAAAAGUCUAUCUGAAAUCCAAAAUUCAUUUCUUCUUUUUACACCUUCUAGGCCAGGGGUAGGCAACCUUGGCUCUUUUGACUCGUGUACUUCAACUCCCAGAAUUCCUGGGCCAGCCAUGUUGGCUCAGGAAUUCUGGGAGAUGAAGUCCAUGAGUCAUAAAAAAGCCAAGGUUGCCUAUCCCUGUUCUAGGCAUUAAAAAAAAUGGACUGAUUUUUUGGCGAAACCUGCCCACAUAUUAAUAAUUGUACAUUUGGAUAAACAGAACUAUAUAUAUAUAUAUAGUUCUUCCUUCGAAGUCAAAGACUUAAAAUUAACCAUUUCCUAUUAGCUCCAUCUUAGGUGUGACCAUGCAGGGCUUGCUGGAACACACAUUAACACAAGAACUAGCCAGUUCAGACAUAGUGUGAGUUUCUUUAAGUGGGUUUCUAUGGAAUUACAGUCUAAAGCAGCAUUUAUCAAUCUUAGCAACAUUUAAGAUGUGUGAACUUCAACUCCCAGAAUGCCCCAGACAGCAUGGAUGGUAUUAAUAGUGUUUCACAAAAAGCAUGGACUUUCAAGUAUAGCGAUAUUAUUUAAGCAAACAAAACAAAAAAAAUCUCAAGUAGCAGGCAUUGUGCUUUUUCUUAAAAAAAAAAAA